AACUUGUUCUGAACGAUUUGUUUUGCUUUGCGGAAGGUGCCUGUUAAUUGUUUAUUAACGGCAUUAAACUGCAGUUUAGUGUAGUUUUAUAUCUAACUUUAUGUAAUUAUGAAAAAAAUCGAAAAAUCUGCCGAUGCACCGGUGAGACCGUAUAAAUUGUCUCACCAAGUACUUUGCAUAACGCAAAUAAACUUUCAAAGGCAGUCUCUGAUUGGUUUCGUAGAACUGACAAUAAUACCUCUAGCCGAAUUUAGACGAAUUAGACUCAAUGCUAAACAAUUUCGAAUCUAUAAAGUUGCUAUAAAUGACAUUCACGAAUGUCAAUUCUCAUUCAAUGAUCCGUGUUUAAACAUAUGCCAAGGAGAUAAUAAACAAAAAAGUAUUGAUUAUUUCAAUUCUUGUCAUCUAUCUGCUGUAAAUGCUGUAGACUCUGAUAAAGGAAACGGCGAACUGUCUAUCAAAGUACCAUAUGAUAUGAUGCAUUUAGUAACAGAGGGAAAAUCAUUUCGCUUGAGUAUUGAGUUUGCUCUUGAAAAACCUCAAGGUGGAAUCCAUUUCGUAGUUCCUGAUUGUGAGGGAACCAUGGCUGAACGCUGUGCGCACAUGUUCACGUAUGGCUGUGACAAUUCAUCGCGACUUUGGUUUCCAUGCAUAGAUUCAUAUUCGGAGUUAUGCACGUGGAGAAUGGAAUUCACUGUUGAUGCUUCUAUGGUUGCUGUAUCUUGUGGUGAUCUGGUUGAAACUGUAUAUACCAGUGACAUGCGAAAGAAAACAUACCAUUACAAUUUAUCAAUACCAACUUGUGCACCAAAUAUAGGAUUGGCAGUUGGACCUUUUGAAAUAUUUGUUGAUCCACAAAUGCAUGAAGUAACUCACUUCUGUUUGCCAAGAUUGUUGCCUUUAUUGAAACAUACCACAAAUUUCUUACAUGAGGCUUUUGAGUUCUAUGAAGAGCUUUUGUCCAGUAGAUAUCCGUACAGUUGUUAUAAACAGGUAUUUGUUGAUGAAUCUUUCCAAGAUGCCCGACCUUAUGCCACAAUGACGGUUCUGAACACAAAUUUAUUAAGUUCUCCACAAAUAAUCGAUCAGACUUAUAUGUCUCGCAGAAUCAUGGCCCAUGCUGUUGCUGAGCAAUUUUUUGGGUGUUUUAUAAGUAUGUUUUCAUGGUCAGAUGUUUGGUUACCCAAAGGUAUUUCUAUGUAUCUUAGUGGCCAUUUCCUGAAAAAAGCUUUUGGUAAUAAUGAAUACAGAUUAUGGAUUCAUGAAGAUUUUCAUGAAGUUCUUAAAUAUGAACAGAAGCAUGGUGGGUUAGUUCUUGAUUGUAGUGUCACACCAGCACCAGGUAGUGUUGCUGCUGUUGCACAAGGAAAGGAUGGCACUUUUUAUUUUCCCACUCAGCACCUGCACACUACAUCACCAGAAUAUAACAAAAUACUUAACAAGAAAUCUCAUUUAGUUAUAAGGAUGUUAGAAGAUAGGAUUGGUAGAGAGUUACUGCUACAAGUUUUCAAUAAACUGCUAUCACUGGCAUCUAAUGCAGCUCAACAAAAAGUUACAAGCAAUGUUUGGUUUAAUAUGCUGUUAUCAACUAGUAGUUUCCAGAAAGCUAUAUUCACUGUAACUGGAAAAGAUAUCAAUACAUUUCUAGAUCAAUGGGUACGGCAAGGUGGACAUCCAAAGUUUUCUUCAAAUUUUGUAUUUAAUCGUAAACGAAAUACAGUAGAGUUAGAAAUCAAACAACUAGAUAUACAAAGUCGUGGAAUAAGACGAUAUGUAGGACCAUUGACAAUAACAAUACAGGAGUUAGAUGGCACUUUCAAGCAUAAUUUGCAAAUUGAAGAAAAUGCUACCAAGCAUGACAUUACUUGCCACUCAAAAAGCAGAAGAAAUAAAAAGAAGAAAAUUCCUUUAUGUACAGGAGAGGAAGUAGAUAUGGAUUUGAGUGCGAUGGAUGCAGAUUCUCCUGUUCUGUGGAUACGUAUUGAUCCAGAAAUGUUAUUAUUAAGGCAAGUAGUUAUCGAACAACCAGAUUACCAAUGGCAAUAUCAGUUACGCUAUGAACGAGAUGUUACAGCUCAAAAAGAAGCAAUAGAAGCCUUGGAAAAAUUUCCUACACCUGCUUCUAGGUUAGCUCUAACCCACACUAUAGAAAAUGAGCAUUGUUUUUAUAAAAUUCGAUGUAUUGCUUGCUUUUGUCUGCAGAAAGUGGCUAAUGCAAUGGUAGCCACUUGGACUGGUCCUCCUGCCAUGAUGACGAUAUUCAGAAAACUAUUUGGAUCACAUUCAUGUUUGCACAUCAUACGAUUAAAUAAUUUUAAAAAUCUGCAGCAUUAUUUUUUACAAAAAAACAUACCUGUAGCAAUGGCUGGAUUAAGAACUGUUCAAUGUAUCUGUCCUCCUGAAGUUUUAAAAUUUUUACUAGAUUUGUUUAAAUAUAAUGAUAAUAGCAAGAACAAAUUUUCAGAUAACUACUACCGAGCCGCGCUUGUUGAUGCCUUGGCUGAAACCGUAACUCCUGUUAUAUCCGUUGUAACCCAAGGCCACACGAUAACUGCAGAUUCUCUGUCCUCUGAAACCAAAUCCAUUCUUGAAGAGAUUACUCGCUGCUUAAACAUGGAAAAGCUUCUUUCCUGUUAUAAAUAUACAGUUACUGUCAGUUGUUUGAAAGCUAUACGUACAUUGCAAAAAAUGGGACACCUUCCAAAUUAUCCUUCUCUAUUUCGAGAAUAUGCUGCUUAUGGGAUGUUUAUUGAUGUUCGUUUGGCUGCUUUAGAGGCCCUGGUUGAUUUCACAAGUACGGAUGGAAGAGAAGAAGAUUUGAAUUUUUUAUUGGACAUAGUGGAAAGUGAUCCGGUUCCAGCUGUGAGAUAUCAGGUUUUGCGGCUGCUGACAGAAAAGCCACCAUUUGCCAAUUCAGAUUCUUAUUUGAAUUCAGAAGAGCUCGUGGAUAGGUUGUGGAAACUGAUGACUUGUGGAACUGCUUAUGAUUCACUAAUGAGGUGUGCUGUGAUGGAUCUCUAUCAUACAUUGUAUGGGCAAAAGAGACCAUCUGUAUUGCCUGCUACUGAUGUAGGACCAGGGAUCAAUACAAAAGAAAAAAAGACUCACCAAAACGUAAAUUCUGCAUCUGAUGAUGGCAUGCAAUUAGAUGAUUCAUUUCCACCAGAGAAUGCCAUUAUUCUUGAAACAGUAAAAAUUGAAAAAUCCAACUCGUGUGAUUUGACAGGAGAAAAAAGAAAAGCAUCAAGUCCUUUGCAUUUUGGAGAACAUCCCCAUUUUUAUUCUUCAAAUGGAAGACUGAAAGCAGAUCUGAUUAUCAAUGACAAUCAAGAUUCAAAUAAAGUCCGUGUAAGAGAAACUGCACCCUUGCCAAGCACAUCAGUUCCAGCUUCUGGAAUUUCUGGAAUGUCUCUAAUGCGAACCACAAGUAGCAGUUUAGAUUCAACAUCUGCACCAGCACCAGCUCAGUUCUGCACAUUUGAAGCAUAUUCUGAUGAUUCACAAUCUAAAUCUCUGCCAGGCAUACAAAGUACUUUUGGCCAGCAACCAACUGGUUUUGAUUCUAGUAUGUUUAAAAAACCAUCUCCUGAUAUUCCAGAACAUAAACCUCCAACCUCUGCUUUAGAAAUUUUAAGUCAGGUGGCUAGAUUGCAUAAGAAAAAGAAAAAGAAGAAGAAUAAACAUAAACAUAAGCAUAAGCAUCGCCAUGAGAAACAUGAGAAACCAGAACGGUCAGAAAAAGAUCGUAUUUAUAGCUCUGGUGGAAGCAGCAUUCAGUCUCCAAAUACAUUUAGUGGUGGCAGCCCACAAGCUGAAAUUUUGUAAUUUAUUACAUUAUACAUUGCAUUGAAUAGAUAAAUGACUUGUCUUUUCUAAAAUUAAAAUUUUAUAUAUUUGUUAUCAUUUAGAUUAGGAACCAGCUUUUAAUUACUUUAAAA